UCACCUCCAGACGGUUUCAGUCGGGCAGGGGGGCGGGCUUACAGUGCACACCUGACGGACAGACUCCACCCUUCCUCUGCCUCACUCCUCAGACAAUGUUGUUGGCACUUAAGUAGUGGCACGGCAUCCUGUUUUUGUUUGACAUACAUAAGAAAAAACACAAAGUUUGGCAUCACAUUUUGGCAUCAACGCGAUGACUGACAGCUGAAAACCAGCCGUUUGUCAACACUAUUUUUACAGCACACAUGUUGAGAUACAUGGUCUUCACUGGACAGGAAGGAGAUGGAAACUGAAAUCUAAAAAGUAACUAAAGGUAACAUGAUGGAGGUGGCAGGUCCCUGGACAGAAGUAUUUGAGGGCUCAGAGAUGUCUGGAGGAUCAGAGACAUUACUGGGGAGCUCCACUCUGACUCUGGCUCCUCUGGUAGCUGAUUCUCCGUCCAUACGGCGCUCCCAGCCUAUCCUGAUCACCUUAAACAGGGCGAAAGGCGUCGCGUCAUUCUCUUCCUCAAUACCCAACCCCUUUCCAGAGCUGUGCAGCACCUCCAAGUCUCCAGUGCUCAUGAAUUCACUUCCAACCCAGUCGAGUAACAAACAUCUGAUCAAGGUGUAUGGCGAGGACAGCCACAGCAGGUCGGUGUCGGUGUCUCGAGCGGCUACAGCCAGAGAGGUGUGUCACAUGUUGGUGCAGACGGCUCACUGCAGCGAUCAGGAGAACUGGGCCCUCAUGGAGUUCCAUCCCACGCUGGGCCUGGAGAGAUGUCUGGAGGACCACGAGGUCGUGCUGGAGGUUCAGGCGACCUGGUCUCUUAAAGGAGACACGAGGGUCGUUUUCUGCAAAAACUACGCCAAGUACGAGUUCUUCAGGAAACCAAUGCUCUUCUUCCCAGAGAGCAUGAUCUCCGACAGCGCUGAUGUCAGUAAGGGGAUGACAUCCUCAGAUCUCAUUCAGAACCUGCUGAAGUCUGGGACGUGUCCAGAGAUUCAGGGUUUCCUGCAGUUCAAAGAGCCCAGUCGUAAAGCCUGGAAGAAGGUCUACUUUUUCCUCCGCCGCUCCGGACUCUACUGCUCCACCAAGGGCUCCUCCAAGGAGCCUCGACACCUGCAGUACGUGGCUGAUCUGGAUGAUUUAAACGUGUACACUGUGGUGAACAGCCGUAAACUGUACGGGGCGCCAACAGAAUUCACUUUCUGCAUCAAGCCUUGCAAAAAUCCCGUCCGCACUCAGGACCUGAAGAUCCUGUGUGCUGAGAACGAACAGACACGAACGUGUUGGACGUCCGCUUUCAGACUGUUUAAGUAUGGGAAGCAGCUUCAGUGUAACUACCAGUUAUCCAAGUCGGCCCCACGCAGCCUGGAAGGAACCAAACUCACAGAUGUCAAAUCUAAGUCCGAGGCGAGCCUGGUGGCCAUGGACUUCUCAGGGAAGGCCGGCGGGCGGGUCAUCCAGAACCCUAUGGAGGCCCAGAGCGCAGAGAGGGAGGAAGGACAAGCCUGGAGGAGGAGAGAAGCCCUGAGGUGCAGCCUGCCCGACUCAAACGCCACCGCGAGACCGUCCUCCAUCCACAAGUCCCAGCCGUGGUUUCAUGGUGGCGUGUCCAGAAAGGAAACGCAGAGACUGAUAGAAAAGCAGGGCCUAGUAGACGGGAUGUUCCUAAUCCGUGAGAGCCAGCAGCAUGCCCAGUGCUUUGUGCUCUCGCUGUGUUACAAGCUGAAGACCAAACAUUACCUGGUGAUCCCUUGUGAGGAUGGAGGCAGGAAGUACUUCACCAUGGACGACGGCCUGACUCUCUUCAUAGACCUCUUGCAGCUGGUGGAGUUCCACCAAAUCAACAGGGGCAUCCUCCCCGUCUGCCUCAAACACCCCUGCGUCUGCGUAGCACUAUGAAGCCUUUACAGUUUGUGAACUCUUCCCUGUUGCUCCUGUAAUGUUACCUCCCCCCUCGGCCUCAGAAUCAGGCACCUUCAAGUCUAAAGUUUGAGUCCUAGUCCUCAGAUUGUGUUGAUAUCUAUUAAGCACAGCUGAUGAAGAGCAGUUUGUCGACUGGAUCCUGUGGCAGAGCAGUGCAAAGUGUAGUUUGUGUGAUAAUGUUAUCAAGGUUGUCAGACAUGGACUCCCGGGAAGCAUUGAAGCAUAUUGUCCGCCCCUCCUCCACCUCGUUAAGUAUUUUUUUAUUAUUCAGACUUCAGCUCCAGACACUGGUUGUUUUUUAAAUUUUUAAUUAAUGAGCUGCCGUCCCCGUGGCGACGACUUAAUUAGCCAUGUUGGUACAGACUUUUAGUGCACCUUGAUCCAUGCAGCCAUGAUGAGAGGUGGAGGACGUGCAGGCGGUGUGUGAGGGCAGCAGGAGGACGCUUUAUUGAGCGAUUGGAGCCACCAGAGGGCACUCUGAGUCAAAGCUCAGAAGAGGAAUUUAUUUGUUGUUGUUUUUCAGCUGUGUUAUGUAAGAAAUGAACACAAGUGUUUUGUUAUUAACAUUGUGAUAUUAUAAUCGUGAAAAUGUCCCAGGUUGCAAUCAUGUAGCAUGUCAAUCCUCACUCUUGACUGUGUGAAGUUUUGUACGUUAACUUUCUUAUUUGUGCCUUAAAAACAUUCUCAUAUUUUAAUUAGAACAAACUUUAAGUACUUUAACUUUCAAUGCUAUAUUUGCACAUUGAUGGUGAAGAGGAACUGCCUUUUCUUGUGAUGUUUAAACAACCAAAUAACAUGAAAGGGUUUUACAUGCAACGUUUUUAUCUAGGCACUCUGAGCAAACUGCUGAGGAAGACCAUAAGAUUUGGUUAAAGCUCUGGAAAAAGCUAGUAAGCAGUUUAAGACCUUUUGGUAACGCUUUAUUUUACAGGCUCGUUAUUUUCCACAUUUAAAAAAAUGUAAAAGAUUUUCUAAGAAGUUUCCUUGUGAGUAAUAAUGAGCAAGAAAGGUGAGACAUUGCAAGUUUAAGUCAAUUCUCAUUAUAAUUAUAAAGUCAGCUGAAGUCUAUAGACAAAUAGAAUAAAGUUAAUUUCAUAUAAUUAAUGCCAAAUGACAUUUAGUUAAAGGUAACUUUUUGAAAAUAACACCUGUAAAAUGCAGUGUUCUAACCUUUUUGUUAUCGUUGGUUGUGUAAACAUGUUUUCUUUUCCUUUGAAUAUUUGCACUUACUUGCUUUUUAUCAUCAAGAUCCAUUUCUUAAAAUGUCAGCAUACAUACACAUAUUGGCAUUAUUCAUUCAGUCCAAAGUCUACUGUUUUCACACUUUUUAAAAGAAUUAAUUAGGUUUGUUAGUUUUAUAUACUUUGAAUGUUUUGUGCCCUUCUCAGCCCCGUUUUAUAUGUUGAAUAAAUAAUUUUCUUAAAUUAAAAAUAUUGUUUAUGUAGUUAAAUCUAAACCAAGACUAUGGAGCUAAAUCUGGGCCAAUAGAAUUCCACAACUAAAUCAAAAAUAAUAUUCAACCUGAACACAUUUUUCCUACACUUAUU